AUGACCCGAUCGGACUCCCACUACCGUAUCAAAGUAACCGCCGGUCCCAGCUAUGACCCCGCAACCCACCAAGAUGUUCAAGUAAACGGCGAAGCAUUAGCCUUGGAAGGCGACCAUGCUUCAGCCACUCUAGCGGUUCGAAUUCAGAAUUUCAAUGGAUACCCGGAGACAUCUCCCCGCACUAGCGAGUAUUUCAAUCACCCUUCUCGCAAGAAUGACACAUAUUCAAUCGCGUUCUCCUUUACUCCCAACGCCGACAUCAAUGGAAAUGACCUGCUGUUUGGGAAUGACUUCGACCACCCCAUCCGCGACCUGCUCCCCAUGGGCUUUAGCAUGGGAGUAGGCAUAGCUCAGCGAUUCAUCGAUCCCACCCUGCAGAUCGACGCUUACGCAGAUAAGCCCUAUAUGUUUAGCCCAGCCUUGGCCAAUUUGAACCAUUUCCGUGUGGGCGCUAAAGAUUCCCGAGAACAACUACUCAAGGGCGACACUGUUGUGGAAGAAGGUGUCGACGAUGGAGAGGACUUGCAUCUUCCAAGUACAGGCGCUGCGCGUCGGAAAUAUUUCCAAGCCGAGGACAAGCGCAAGGCUUUCACUUUUUCGGCUGGACGCCAGUACGUGGGUGACUUUGGGAACUCCUUCUUGGACUUUAAUGAAUUGAGUCUCAAUCUGCCAGGAUUUAGCCUGCCAGUACGUAAUCUGGUGAACAGUGACAACCAUGAACUGCGAUAUGUUCUCAAAGACUCCAAAACCGAUGCGGUCUAUCUGGUUGUUGUAUUUACGGUGAUUCUCGAAGACGAGGAGCAAGGGUCAAAAGCCUAA